AUGGCGAGCUUACGCACCUUCAGCUCUGCGCUGUGUCAUUCCUGCCGCGGACGUCUGCUUCCCACCGCUCCUGCCGGCACCACCGUCACCCGCGCCUUCAGCAGUACAGGCGCGAGGGGACGGGAAGACAAUGACAUGUCCUCGCUCUUCGGAAUGGGCCAGUCGCCCGCUCGUGCCUCAUCGCCGGGUCUCAGUCCUCCCUCCAGACCAAACUACGCGCGUCGACGCUCGGAACCCGCAGCAGAUUCCUCGCAAAGCUUCGCAUCCAUCCUCGAUGCCGACCCGGACUCCUUCCUCACCUCCGACUUUCACAACAACUUCAACGGCUCGGGGUUCGGUGACAUGCCUCACAAGCUGCACAUCUACGCCACUAAGCAUAACACCCACAUUACGCUCAUCCAGCCUCCGCGUCCAGCCAGUCAGACGCCCAGCUCUGCCCAUUCUACCUCCACGAGUACCGUGAUGCAGAACAAGAGCAUUGAUGUGCUCUUAUCCCUCUCUACGGGUAACAUUGGAUUCCGUAAGGCCGGCAGAGGCAGUUAUGAUGCCGCCUACCAGCUCGCAUCGUUCGUGAUGAAGCAGAUUCAAGAGAGAGGAAUGUUGGUCGGAGGUGCCAAGUUGGAGGUUGYGCUACGAGGAUUUGGAGCGGGAAGGGAGGCCGUAACCAAGGUUUUGCUCGGUGCGGAGGGUAGCAGAGUGCGAGGGAGGAUCGUCAGUGUGUUGGACUCCACUCGACUGAAGCAAGGUGGUCCGAGAAGCAAGAAGCCUCGUCGUCUGGGUUGA